AUGGCUCGCCAGCGUCGCCCUAUUGACGAGCAGACCGACAUACAGCCUGCAAAGAUAACGAGUGUCCUCGAAGCGUCUCCCAAUGUUGUAAAGCGACUGCUUCAUUGGGACGAUUUGCCUCAUUGGCAACGCGAUAAUCAUCACAUCCAUACUGGAUAUCGGCCUGCCUCGUCCUCUUUUUUAGGUUCAUUUCAAUCGCUGGGUUACGUUCACAAUGAGACCGUCAACAUCUACACCCACCUGUUACCGGCGGUGAUUGCGGCGCCUGCCGCGUACCAACUCUACCACUUGCUUGCUCCCCGAUACCAGAAUGCGGCCGAUUCUGAUAUCAUUGCCUUUGCCUGUUUCUUUGCUGGGGCGGCCUUUUGCCUGGGCAUGUCCGCCACUUAUCACACCAUCUCUAACCAUUCACCGGUGGUUGCACGCAUUGGAAACUCACUUGACUACAUUGGGAUCGUGGGACUCAUCGUGGGCAGCUUUGUUCCCAGCGUCUUCUAUGGAUUUUAUUGUGUACCCGAGCUCCAGCAUAGGUACUGGACUAUGAUUUGUACUAUUGGACUGGGUUGUGUCUUUGUGUCCAUUUUGCCUCGGUUCCGCACGCCGCGUUGGCGUCCGUUCCGUGCCGCCAUGUUUGUCGGAAUGGGCUUAUCUGCCGCCUUCCCUGUGCUCCACGGAGUUUUCCACUUUGGCUUCAAUCAAAUGCGACAGCAGAUUGGUCUCAGCUGGCUACUUCUUCAAGGCUUCUUGUAUAUCCUUGGAGCAGGUAUUUAUGCGGCCCGAGUACCGGAGCGCCUUAUGCCCGGACAAUUCGACAUCGUAGGGAGUUCGCAUCAAAUCUUCCACGUGCUAGUGGUCUGCGCAGCCGUUGCCCACCUGACAGGGCUGUUGAAGGCAUUUGAUUAUCGGCACAGUGGGGUGGCCGAGACCUGUCAGAUUCCACGCGGCUGA